UACUGGUCAGUGCGAACUGAUAAAGCGUUUGAGCUAGUUAAAACAUUUGACGUUCGAAUUUUGGUGCUUAUCAAGUUAUCAGUUUGAGUUGUGUUGUGGUCAGUUAAUUAGUGAAACUUACAAGUAAAUAAAAUUAUUAAAUCACUAUGUGGUCAGUGUGGUCGUACAUGUUUUUGGGGAUUACAUUUUUAAUAAGCUCAACCUACGCCCGAAGCACCCAUGGAUCCUCCGAGCCAAUGAAAUGGGACAUCAUAACCUUCUCUCAGAGCUGGCCAAUCACCGGCUGCAAGGAAUGGAUAGACAAGCAGUCUUCCCACGAGUGCUCUCUCCCUCAGCCUAAAGACUCGUGGAUCGUGCACGGCGCGUGGCCCGACCUCAGGGGCUCCAAGCACCCCGUGCAGUUCUGCAACAAAACGUGGCACUUCGACCCUGAGGCUGUGAAGACUAUCGAGGCUGAGCUUAUAGAGCAUUGGACUAACAUUGAAACAGGUACAUCAAAGUACGAGUUCUGGGCCCACGAGUGGAACAAGCACGGUACCUGCGCCGCCGCCCUGCCCGCGCUCAACUCAGAAUACAAGUACUUCAGCCAGGGUCUCGCUUGGAACCACCAGUACAACAUGACCACCGUCCUGCAAGCCGCCGGCAUCACUCCCGACGACCACAAACAAUACUCCGUGGAGGACAUACACCACGCGAUCAAAGCUAGCACGGGGGCCGAACCAGUCAUACAGUGCUAUAGGAAAGCAGGACGCAACUACUUGGUAGAACUACGCGUCUGUUUCGAUACGAAACUGCAACUUACCCCUUGUGUGUCGGGUAAGAAGGUGUUUGGUGGGGUGACGGUGAAAACCAACUGUGUCAGUUCUGGUGUAAUUUAUCCGAAAAAUGUGCCUAUGCAAAUGUUUGAUUUGUGGGACUUGGAUGUGAAAGUAGAGGAGCAGACGUGGACUCCGUCUCCGUAUGAGGUUAUUAGAGUAUGAAAUAGUCUACAAAUAAACUAAGUACCUACUAGUUAUUUACAAUAAUUAUAGUUCGGCCACGUCAUGAGCCCCCGUCUUGUAAGGUUACAGGCGACGGUGGUGGCGGCGACGAGUUUCUCAAUAUUGCGUCGUAUGCCGUGGGCAUAUGGGCGUCAUGUUAGUUCUCUAGUCUAGUCUCGUCUCAUACCGCAGGACUAACACGCGCAAAGUUGUUGGACUAAUAACUGGCAAUUAUUUUUUUGUAUACGGUAA